UCGCUCCCUGUUCCUCCCGCUCCGCUCGCGGCCGAGCCUCCUCACCGUGAGAUCCCUCCGCCUGCGCGCGGCGGCCGGCGGGGUGUGCGCGCCGCUCCGUGCCCCUCCGCCCGGGAGGGAUUAUUUCCCGCGGUCGCGGCGGCGGGGCGGCUCCGGCGGGGCCGGGGGAUGGAGGCACCGGGCGCCCGCCGGAGGGACGGAGGAGCCGCCCCGUGAAGGAGGAACGGGAGCGCAGCGGCCUCCUCGGGGCCGCCGGCGGGCGGGGACCCCGCGGCCAGGCCGCGCCUCAGCGCUCGGGCCUGCGCCGCCCUCAGCGGGGCCCGGCCCGGCCCUGCCCGCCCGGGGCUGCCCCAGGCCGGGUGUGCGAGCCCCGGCCGGGGCGUGCUCGGCGCGGAGCACCAUGGUGGAGAAGCGGUGCCCGCGGCUGCAGCGGGACGGCGUGUACCGCUGGUUCUCCGAGCUGCCCUCCCCGCAGCGCGUGGAGUUCCUCUGCGGCCUCCUGGACCUGUGCAUCCCGCUGGAGCUGCGCUUCCUGGGCGCCUGCCUGGAGGACCUGGCCCGCAAGGAUUAUCACUCCCUGCGCGACUCCGAGAUCAAGGCGAACAACCCCGCCGACCUGGGCAGCCUCACCAACCUGACGGACGAGGUGGUGCGCAGCAAGCUGCUGGUGUCCCUCGCCCUGCUGGGCUCUGCCCACCGCGAGGCCGCCGGGGUCCUGUUCCGCACCCUCACCCACAUCGACUCGGUCAUCAACAACUACGGGCUGCAGCUCAACGAGGGCCGCACGGGGGAUGAGUUCCUGUUGCUCUUCACCAUGGCAUCCAACCACCCGGCGUUCAGCUUCCACCAGAAGCAGGUGCUGAGGCAGGAGCUCACCCAGAUCCAGAGUCUCAUGGCCAGCACCGGCAAGAAUCCCAGCACCUCUACCCUCAACACCAUGGCAACCUAUCCUGGCUGCCACAAGGUCACUCCAAGGUCAGAGACCCCCAUCAAUAGUGUCAGUAACAGUUUGGAAAAUGUGCUCCACACAUCCACACAUUCCAUGGAGGAGUCACUACCCAAGAGGCCUUCAGGGAAACACUCCAAAGUGAGUGUUGAAAAAGUGGAAUUAAAGGGGCUGGCACACAAGAAGAAUGAAAGAAAUGUUGAGUAUUCCUUUGAGGUCCUGUGGUCUGAUUCUUCAGUGACGUUGGUAACCAAAUCUUCUGCUGAAGUGACUGAAUUUAUUUCAAAGCUGUCUCAGCUGUAUCCAGAAGAAAACUUGGAGAAAUUCAUUCCCUGCUUAGCUGGUCCAGAUUCCUUUUACCUGGAACGGAACCACAUGGACCUGGAAUCAGACCUGAGGUACCUGGCCCCGUUCCCUUCCCAUGUGGUGAAAAACGACCACGUCAGGAAGUUCUUCAGCACUUCAUCUCCCUCACAGCAACUUCAGAGCUCAAAUCCUGGCAACCCCUCCCUGUAUAAAGUAGGAACUACGCUGGGAACAUCUGGAAGACCUAUAUGUGGGGUGGCUGGAAUUCAGUCUUCCCAGAGCCACGCGCAGCACUCGGCGGCUGCGGCCGUGUCGCUGCCGCACUGCUCGCACGCGGCGGGCGCCGGCUCGGCGCUGGGCUACCGCUCCCAGCUGGAGAGCUCCUCCCCUGCCAUGCUGAUGUCUUCCAGCCCUCAGACCCCCCAGACACAGGAGCAGAAUGGCAUCCUGGACUGGCUCAGGAAGCUGCGCUUGCACAAGUAUUACCCUGUCUUCAAACAGCUCACCAUGGAGAAGUUUCUGAGUCUUACUGAGGAAGAUCUGAAUAAAUUUGAGUCCCUCACCAUGGGAGCAAAGAAGAAGCUCAAGACCCAACUGGAGCUGGAGAAGGAGAAAUCAGAGAAGCGGUGCCUGAACCCCUCCACACCCUCCUCAGUGAGCAGCAGUGGGGUGGCCAGGGUUCCCCCCACGUCCCACGUGGGGCCCAUCCAGAGCAUCCGGGGCAACCACGCCGCAGAGCUGCGAGUGGACGUGGAUCAGCCAGCCCACCCCCUGCCCAGGGAGGGCAGCUCCUCCGAGUACUCCAGCUCCAGCUCCAGCCCCAUGGGCAUCCAGGCGCGCGAGGAGAGCUCGGACAGCGCCGAGGAGAACGAGAGACGCCUGGAGCUCCACCUGGACGCCUCGGACAAGGAGAAGCCGGUGAUGCUGCUGAACCAUUUCCCCUCGAGCUCUGCCAGGCCCACGGCCCAGGUGCUGCCCGUGCAGAACGAGGCUGGCUCGGGCCCCGCCGGCCACCACGCGCUGCCCAUGCAGAUGCUGUCCCCAACCCCCUCACACAUCACCCCCAUCCGCAUGCUGGGCUCCGUGCACAAACCGGAGCGCGGCUCCGCUGACAUGAAGCUGCUCUCGUCCUCUGUGCACUCCCUCUUGUCUUUGGAAGAAAGGAAUAAAGUGUCUCCCGGCUCCAGGGGCAGCAUCAAGAUGGAGAAGGGCUUUGGGAACGCCGUGGUGGAUGUCAUGUCCGCCUCCUCUCCGCACCAGCCCCUGCAGGUGCUGUCGGGGGGUGCCGAGAGCAGCUCCCCCACGUCCACCAUGAACUUUGGGCCUCGGACCAAAGUGGUCCACGCUUCCACCCUGGACAGAGUGAUCAAACCAGCCCAGCAGCCAGGACUCAUAGUGGAGACCAGCACUGCUGCCACGGUGACGUCCAGCACAGUCUUCCACGUGGCUCGUCCGCCCAUCAAGCUGCUGGUGUCGUCGUCUCUUCCCACCGACUCCGCCAUGGCCGGACAGACUUCCUGCUCCAGUAAUAUGCAAAUAACGGUGUCCCCCGCAAUAAUCAACCCCCGGACUGCUCUGUACACAGCCAACACCAAAGUUGCCUUUUCUGCCAUGAGCAGCGUGCCCGUGGCGCCCAUGCAGGGCAGCUUCUGCGCCAACAGCAACGCGGCCUCCUCCAGCAGCCACCCGUCCCCGUCCUUCACCACCAUGGCCAACCUGCCCAGCUGCCCCGCGCCCAGCUCCAGCCCCACGCUCUCCUCUGGCGCCGACAACAACUUCUACAGCAGCGGCAGCGGCGGCGGCGGCGGCUCGGGCGGGAGCGUGCCCGUCCCCAACCAGAACCAUCACCACCACCACCACCAGCAGCCGCCGCCGCAGCCCCCCGGCUGCAUGGUGUGCAGCUCCUGCGGCUGCAGCGGCAACUGCGGCUCCAGCGGCAUGACCGUCAGCUACGCCAACUAUUUCCAGCACCCCUUUUCAGGACCUUCCAUGUUUACUUUCCCUUUCCUGCCCUUCAACCCCUUGUGUAGCAACGGCUACAUCAACACGCAGCAGUACAACAGCAGCACCACGUUCCCCGUGGUGCACACGGCCUACAACAGCGGCCUGGCCCCCGACUCUGUCAUGGCAGGACAGUCCACCUUCGCCGUGCCCCCCAUGCAGAACUUCAUGGCGGGCACCGCCGGGGUGUACCAGGCACAGGGCAUGAUGGGCAACGGCAACGGCUCGGGGCACAAAAAAAACGGGAACCUCUCGUGCUACAACUGCGGGGCCAGCGGGCACAGAGCUCAGGACUGCAAACAGCCGCCCAUGGAUUUCAAUCGGCAAGGUACGUUCAGGCUGAAGUACGCCCCUCCCUCCGAGAGUCUGGACUCCACAGACUGAGGUUCCCCAGCGGCACCACGAUGCUGUAAAGCCAUGGAGAGCGACGGAGAUCCAACACAGAACUGAGACGUCCAGUUGCUGUUAAGCUUAAUGUAUUUUUUAAUCCAAAGGUGCUUUACUUUAUUAGACUAGGUAGAAAAUCUAGCUUAGGGGUGCAGCCAAGCCAGUUUUGAUUGCCAAAUUCAAGCUCCGUUGUUGGAACUCCUGACUCCGCGGCCUCGGAGCGAUGGAUGGGCAGAUGGAUGGUGGAGCUGGCCAGCUGCAGUUCCUGCUGGAAGGACAACAUCCCCUGGGCUGCUUUUGGCUGGAGAAGGUUGCCACAAUGGGACUUUUCCAAGGUGAAAGGCCUGACUCCAGGGCAGCUCUGUUCUGAGGUGGAAGGUAGGAGUGGCCAGAAGGACUUUGGCACCCCUGGGCUAGGUAAAAUGUCUACUUUUUUUCAAAAGUGAUCAGGCACUAAUCUCUGGGAUUUUUAAGGAUUGCACUACAGAAGAAUGUAAAACUCUUCAAGCUUUCUGCACUUUUAGCAGACAGUGUCACUCUGAGACCAGUGCAAGAGGCAAAGAAGUUCCAACCUUUACAAAUUGGCACCAGCAGGCUUAUGGGACUUAAUUCCACAAUAAAAAUCCUAAAAAGUCUCUUUUUUCCCUUCCAAAAGAACACACACGGCAGUUUCGGUUCCUUCUGGAAACAAACUCGUGCUUCAUUGUCUCACCUAUUACUAGCUAGUGCUGGCUUCCCAGCACUGGAAUAAACUUAGUUUCCAAGGGUCCAAGUCCCAGAGACUCCAGAGUCAUAAAGGCUUCAAGGAUAUUUUCCUGUUAUACACAAAACCUUUACGUCCUGUUACUGUAUAUAGGUCUCUUUCACAGAAACCUUAUUAUUCUGCUUUUGUAAAUGAAUUUUAAACCAUCCUUUAAAAAAAAAAAAAAUCAAACUAAGAACUCUGGCAGCAGAGUUGAUAAGCUUUUGCUUUACUUUAUAUAAAAUACCCUUUGGCUCCUUACCCCAGGAUUCAGGAGUGGUGGGAGUCAAACAUGUAAAAGGUAGUAAAAACUUCAUUAUUAUCAAGACUUGGAAGGAUUUCUUGUCGGCCUCCUUCGUUGCAGUAGGUUGUAGAUGAGUAGCUUUGGUGUUAACUACUUAGUCCAUCAUUUGUGGGUGACAAAUCUAAAUUAGGACUCGAGAGGAAGCCAAACCCAUCUCGAACUGCUAAUUUGAAACACUUUGGUCCUGUCUGGUUGAAAGAAGAUCCUAAUCCUCAUGGCUCCCCCCCUGGGAAUUUGAAGGCAUUAAAUGGGUGAGGCCUCCUCUGUAAAAGUGUCUGACAGAGAGAUCUUUGCAUCCUGUAAUUUGGGAGACACCUUUAAAGUCUGAAGCCUUGUUUACACUUGGAGGUAAUUCCUCCCAGCAGGAUGAAUCCAUAGGACUUUAGUGGAGCAGUGGAAGUCCUCUGGGAGCAGGAGAGUUUGGAGCUGUGCAGAGCUGCCCCCAGGAGAUGGGACCAUGGCAGGGGGGAGCUCUGCCCUCCCUGGGCCGUGCUCAUAGGAAAGGAACAUUUUGGGCCAUCCCUGUGUCCUGUCUCUGCAAGGGCAGCCUCAGCCUCUCAGGAGCCUUGGGAAUGUGGGGGGCAGAACCAAACUCGGCCCAGGGCGGGAUCCAAAAUCUCAAUUUGCAGAACAGUUGGUUUAAACAAACAAACAAAUAUCCUUUUUAUUGCUAUGCAAUAAGAACCCCCUGAUUUGUGUGUUCCCAGCCCAGCUCUUGGCUCUGCCUGUGUUUGAGGACGUUCCCUGUGUUCCCAUGAACAACCUUCAGACCUACAACACUAAAGGGAUGAAAACUGACAAUGCAAUUUACUUUGCCUUAAUGAGCUCGAGACAAUGGUAGGAACAGUCUGUCCCACUGCAUCAUGCCCAAGGAAAACGUGCAGUUCCAUGUUUACUAUUUGCAGCUUUGAGGGUCUCUCCAGUGGCCUGGAACAUGUGCUGAAAGCCAAACUUAGUGUUAUUGUUGUUAUUAUUAUUUUUUUCACUUUUUUUAAACAAUAUUUUAAAAUUGUAUUUAAAGAAACUGUAUUACAACACAUGUGAGUGUUCAAAACCCUCUUGAAACAGCAAAAAAUAGCAGCAGCAAAAAAAAAAAAAAAAAAGUCAUUUCUGUACCAGUUGUGUUUGUUUUACUGCCCAAGGCUGGGCACAGUUGUGUCUGAUCUUCAUCACAGAAAAAAAAUCAUAUCAAAAGGACUGUAAAACUGAACUUCUGUCCAGCAAAUUGUUUCAUUCCUUUCUCCAGAGCUUUCUUUAGGAUCCUUUCCUGUGUGUAAAGGCUGAUGUUUCCAGCAAACUGUUUCAUUCCUUUCUUUGGGAUUGUUUCCUUGUGUCAAGUUAAGGCUGAUGUUUCUCCCAGCGGCUCCUGGCUGCGUUUGGGUGACACUUUGGAACGGUUGGGUCCGGGUUUGGAGUAAGAUCCAAUCCAGAAGGACCUGGAGGCAACACAAGUGUCCAGAGAGGAAAAUCUGGUGAGCCAGCAGCAACCUCAGAGCCUUCCCCAAAUCCCAGUGAGCUGGGGCUUCAGACCUGCCAGUGAACACCCUCCACUCUGUACCCAGAGCAACCAAAGUUGGUAAGUCCAAACAGAGCACCUUAAUUCCAGAAAAUUAAUCUGUUCUUAAAAGGCACAAAUCCAUCUUUCUACCCCUAAAAAGCAAGGCAGCUUGGGUUGGAAUAGUAGAGUUCCAGCUGCCCUGCCUGAAGGAACCAGUUCUUAAAGCCUAUUUUUGUACAUUGAAAGAUGGAGAUUUCAAAGAAUGUUAUUUAGCCCUAUCUUUGUCCUGCAAGUAUAAAAAGAAUUAGUUCUCCAGCUGGAUUUCACUGGGGAAUGGGAAUGAUUUUUGAGUGUAAGAGGAAAGGGAAUCCCCAGUCAUCUCCCUGCAGGGGCACAGAGAAUCAGUGAGGAGCCUUUCCCAGGGGAGGGAGCAGUGGGUGCUGCAGUUCCAGCUGCAUUUUCCAUUGGAUGAUGGAAAGACUCAAAAUAGGAUGGAAUUUCCAGCAAACUCCUCCUCACCCUGCAAAUUAAGCAUUAAUAAAUAUUCUGGGCUUGACCCUAGCAGGAAGAGCAGAGGGAGGAGAGAGAACCAAGAUACUGAUCAGAGGGUUCCACCCAACUUUUAUUGAAAACUAUAUUUGAACCAUUAUUAAAGUUUAUCAAAACUGCUUUUUAUUCAGCUCUGUCACACUAAGUUUUGUGAAUCCUUUUCAUACCACAGUCAUUAAAUCUUGGCAAAUGAAGCACCAGACUUCCCAAAGUAACAGUCCAGCACCAAGCCUUGGCCAUUCCAAAUCCCAGGGCAGAGAUCCCAGGAUGAGCCAGGCUGGGGCACCAGGCAGAGCAAAGCUCCUCCCAAAAUCCUGAAAUCCUGCAGGGGAGCAGAGCUGUGCCAGAGGGACCCUGGAACGCUGAUUUGGGCUAGUCUGGGACACCUGUAAAUGGGAUAAACAUGGCAAAUCUGGACAAAAAUCCCCAAAAUGGAGCGUUUGUGAGAGUAGGAAUCACUUUGGCUGGUUGAGGCCCCACAGCUCUUGUAAUAAACCCUUGGAAUUACCCAUUUGUUCCCCAAUAUGUUCCUGAUGUACACAAGAACUGUGUUGGUACUGAAGCAGAAAGCAAAUCCUGUGUGGUUUCAAGUGCAGAUUAACAGCUUCUCUUGGACAUAACUUUCCAUUAGGAAUGAAGGAAAUUCCUGCUCCAUUUGAGCCAUUUCUUUUACUUCGAUCACUUCUAGUAUUACAAAUUCUGCAUGUAACUUUAUAAAUAUUUUAAAUAGUUUUGUAAAUAUUUAAUAUUCAGCUAAUUUGAUUUUGAAUUGUAAAUGUCAAGUAUUCUGGUAUUGGGAUUUUUAUGUUUUAUUAUACUUUGUUAAAAGUUAAAUUGUACAUUUUUAGAAUGUUUUUAUCUGAGUAAAUUUAAUGUAUGGAAAAUAAAGAGUUAAACAGAA